UGAUGACGUCACUGGUGGCUUUUCCGCCACCUGUGACUGACUUCGCUACAGUGCUGCAGAAUCCACCCUUUAAACAGCAAGGAAAGUCGUGCCAAGAGUGAGAAGUAAGGCCUCUUCGUGUCUGCCGGGCACUUUACCACGCUCCCCGAAGAAUGACCAGAAUCCUGCAUGUCAUAGUCCCUUUAGUUUUGACUGGCUUGCUCGCAUCCGUUGCCACAUUUCCCCAAGCUGGCUCUGACUUGAGGUACGCCAGGACACGGCGGGGAGUUGUCUGCGGAGACGAGGAGUACUUGAACAACAACAUCUGUUGCUUAAAGUGCUCAGCUGGUACCUACGUAAAGUCAGACUGUACCAAGUCGCAUGAAAAUGGGUCAUGCGAGGUGUGUGCCGAUAAGACGUAUACGGAGCAUGCCAAUGGCCUCAACCAAUGUUUAAAAUGCACAGCGUGUCGCUCAGAUCAGGAAAUUGUGACACAUUGCAAUCGCACUCAGGACACAAAAUGUCAGUGCACAAAUGGAGGAUUCUGUGAUCCCAAAGAAGCAUGUGAGGUGUGCAAGAUUUGUUCAAGCUGUGGAAACGACGAAAUUGUUGUGAGGAACUGCACUGCAACCACCAACACAGAGUGCAAAAAGAUCGAACUGCAGGACGGCUCAGCAAAUGCUGUCUAUAUCAUCCUGGCUGGAAUUCCCAUUUUGUUGGUGGUGGUUUUGGCAAUUUGUUGGAAUAGGUUGAAAUGCAGAGCAGCAGAUUGCCUUGGAAACGGGGUGAAAACUGAACAUGUGCGGGAGACGAGGACGGAGCAAACCCAAAGCGUGCGACGCCCCAGUCGGAUCCUCUCUCAGUCGCUGGUGAGAAUUCAAAACCCAGCCGCUACGGAGGAUGAGUGUCAAGGCUUGUGUGAAAGCAUCAACAGCUCUGCCAGUAACUCCCAGCAAAAUGUAACCGUGCCGCCUACAAUGAGGGAAGCGGAGCCAUUUCCAAAAAUGAUCCCUAAAAAUGGUGUUGAGUCUCUCCGAAUGUGUUUCCAGUAUUUCGAGAAAGUAGACUUCGAUUACCACAGGAAGUUCUUCCGACAGCUUGGCAUGAACGACAACGUGAUCAAAAGCAAUGACCAACUCGGUUACAAUGACAAGAUUCACGAGUUGCUGAACAUUUGGUUGCAGAAAGAGGGCAAAGAAGCGAGCUUAAAUGACCUACUGAAUGCAUUACUGGAAUGUCAGCAGAGGCAUUCAGCUGAGACGAUCAAGGAGAACGCCUUGGAGGACGGUCAUUACAUUUUAGAGAAGUCAUCACAGCCCUAAUUGGAGAAACUUCUUCGUGACUUCGAUGCGUGGUGUCUGACAACAAAAUCCUGAUGACGCUUCAUCAGGCUUAUUUUUGAUAUUUAUUCUGUACAGCAGUGGUCGCCAGCAACCAGGUUACUGGUCAGUGGGCAGAGCUAAACUGAGUAGCAAAACAUAAGCAGACGCUUUAUGAUUUUGUAUUAAUUUAUUUAUUUUUUUGGCAAAUAACUACAUCUAAUGAAAUGUAAUUGUACAGGUUGUCCUAAAGUUCCAAAAGAGUUCCAUUCAUGGAACUUAUACGUAAAUAAACUUCUGGAGUGCAUAUAGACCACCGUAAUAAGAUUAAAUACAAUAGACCCAGGUUCAAUUCCA